GUCGUGGAGUCAUUCAAUUUCGCCCGUAGCCAUAAACCCGAAUCUCUCCUCUCUCUCUUAUCAUCCUCCACAACCCAUCACCCAGACAUAGAGAGAGCGAGAGGGGGAGGAGAGGGGCCAUCGCAGAAGAAGAGGAAGAGGAAGGGGAAAGGGUAAAAAAAAAAAAAAAAAAAUUGUAAGGGCAAAAAAAUUGACACCACAUUCUUUCUCUUUGGGGCGAUUCCAUUGCCUAAUUUAUCCCCAAGUUUCCAUUUUCCGUUGGUUUCUCGUCCCUGCUGCUGUUGUUGAUCUUCGAUCUCGAUCUUCACCUACCAUCGCCCGAAUCUCGUUGACCUCAUGCCUCGGGGCAGAAGCAACCAGAAAUCUGUAAACCCUGCAGCCCUGCCGGAUUCCUCCGCAGCCGUCCGACCGCGGGCAGCCCAGAUAGAGACCAGGUUCCGGGGCGUGAGGAAGCGGCCGUGGGGGCGGUUCGCGGCGGAGAUCCGGGACCCCGGGAAGAAGACCCGGGUCUGGCUCGGGACCUACGACUCUGCCGAGGAUGCCGCCCGCGCAUACGAUGAGGCCGCCCGGUCGCUCCGUGGUCCCAAGGCCAAGACCAACUUCCCCAUCGACGGUGAGUCCUCCGGCCUCCUGAUCCGGGCUCUCCCCGGGGACCGACUCCCCUACAGCCGCCCCACCAGCAGCAGCCUCAGCUCCACCGUGGAGUCCUUCAGCGGGCCCCGCGUCUCGGACCGCGCCGUCCCCGCCGCCCCGCCUCGAGAGAGCAGCCGCCGGAGUCGGAGACCGCCCCCCGCGAGGGAGAUCCGGCCCGAGGAUUGCCAGAGCGACUGCGACUCCUCUUCCUCCGUGGUGGAUGACGUGGACGACUGCUGCGUCCUCACCUCGUCGUUCCAACAGAACGUCCUGCCGUUCGAUCUGAACCUCCCGCCUCCGGAUCUCGACGGCUUGGACCUGCCCGACACGGCCCUCCGCCUCUAAUGGAAUAUUAGACAGUCCGACGGCGCUGGUGUCGACGCUGGUCUUGUAAUAUCUUGUCUUCUUCACCCCAACCCUUUUUUUUUUUUUUUUAAUCUCAUUUUCCGGGAAAAGAAAUGAUGAAAAGAGGAAGAAUUUCGGGUACCCUUCUUCAUGAAUUUCCAUAAACAUAAGCUACUUUGGUCAGAUUAAUCAAAAGAAAAUCAUAUGUAGAUUAGUGUUGUAAGAGGGUUGGUCAGUUUGUCCUUAGGGUUUUCUGCAACCCCUCAAGCCUCAGGAUAGACGAUGAAUGAAGAAAACAAGAAGACGACCAUGGCGACGAUGAUGAUGUCCUGUCUUGUGUCGUUGAAACCUAGAAGUUUCAAUUUCGAAGAAUUUCUGAUCUGGGGUUCCUGAUGACCCCCCCUUGAUAUGUAUGUACAAAGAUUAAUUAUCAUCUUACUGAGAGAAUAAUUUCUCCAAAGUUUCCAUC